AUGUUAUUAUACAUUAUCACUGGAUCAACAUUCUCGAAAUUGAUUGGUUCAUCAUGGAGAGGUGGAGGAAUUAGAAGUAACAAUAUUGUCAAUAGUGAUUACAAGUAUUACUAUUCACUUGCGGCUACAACAGCUUUCAUAUUAUCUCCUAUUACUGGAGGUUCACCAACAUACCCUUCUUUGAUAUUAUCAAAAAGAGCCAAUCAAAAUGAAACAAGCAGCAGUAUCGACGCCUUCUCUAACAAUAUCACCACAACAUACAACACAAGAUCACUUAAAAAGAGUUUCUUCUAUAAACCGUCAUCGUCCUCCUCUGAUAAUAAUAAUGAAAAAGACUCAUCGAUAUCCCAAAAACCACCGUCAUUAAUGAUUCUAAUUGGCUGGUUCAAUUCAACUCCAAGAUACUUUCGUCAUUACAUUCAAAUAUAUACAAACACAUUUAACGUGGACACGCUAUCACAUAUUCCUCCUACACAUCAUGCUUUUCUGCCAUGGACUAUUUUGCCACAUGUUCGUCAUCUCGCACGAAAUUUAUUAGCAUAUUGGGCUGAAAAUGGACGUCCUGAGGUCGGAUUUCAUGUGUUCAGCAAUAACGGUGCUUAUCAUUACGCGUUAUUAUUUGAAGUGAUACGUGAAAUCUCUAGGGAAACAUCCUCCGGAUAUAAUACUGAAAUUUCACGUGAUGCAAUACGAUUUCUAAACUCAGUGAGAUCUUGUGUUAUGGAUUCUGCUCCUUCUCCCAUACUUCCAAAAUACAUUGCUUUGGGUAUAGCCGGUGGGUUUUUACGUCCUGCACCAACCACUCCUUCCCCUUCAAAAUUAAUCCUUUCUGACCCUUCAUCUCCCCCAUCCUCUUUCCCAUCACGUAAACACUUUGAAAGAGUCCCCAUUAAUCCACCCUCAUUUCUUGUGAGUCUCAUUAACGCAUACUUUCAAUUGGGGGUUGCCAAAAAAUAUCAGAAAAUCGCUCAUGAUGCUAUCUCGAGGGUACCCGCCGGAAAUACGCGAUAUCUAUUCAUUUAUAGUCUUAAUGAUCAAAUUGUGCCUGACUACGAAAUCGAAACGUUUAUCAAAACUUUAAAAGAUCGUGGUAUACGUCACGUUUUCAGUAAAAAAUUUGUUUUGGGUAGUGAUCAUGUGCAACAUUUUAUGAGACAUCCAAGUGAAUAUAUAAAUUCUUUACGUGAUUUCUACGAAAAUAACUUAAUCCUCUAA